AUGCUUUGCCACGAUUCCUGCAUUGCAAAGGGGCUGGACUGGAUGACCUUUGGGGAUCCCUCCCAGACAGACUGGCAAAGACAGCAGCUUCAAUGGGCUUUGCCCUCUCUUAGGUGGGGGAGCGCCCUGAGCCUUGCAGAGUGCCUUCUCCAGCAGAGGUCGGCCGGGGGCGGGGGGAAGCAGCCCCAAAGAUAUGGGGUGUGGGGUAUAUUGGGUUCACAGCCCUCUGCCUCUCUGGAUGCUCCUGGAGCCACGCUCUGGGCUGGUUUUCCUGGGCGGCAAAGGUGUCACUUUAAACGGAGAGUGUCGAUUCAUGGUUUUUAUAGGAACCGUUUUUUAUAA